UAGUUCAACUCCAGAAACAGCCCGACUGAAGACAGCGAGUCUCUUUUUAACUUGAUAGCUUGUUGAGUGGCUUCCUAUAACGACCAUGGACCCGUCGGUAGUCCUGCCUGUCGAAGCUGAGGGGUUUGUUCAAAGUCUGGAAACUUUCCCUCUCAAGGAAGUGGGCUCUGCGAGGUGGUUCAGACAGCAUGAGUACAUUGAGAAACUCAACAUGCAGGCGAUACUGAAUGCGUCUGCAGCUCAUGAUGAGUUCGUCAAGGAGCUCCUGGUGUCAUAUGGAAAGAUACCCGUUCUGGUCCAUGAACUGAUCCUCGUCGAAGUGUGGAAACAAAAAGUGUUCCCCGUCUUAUGUCAGCUGCAGGACUUUAAUCCCAAGAACACAUUUCAUCUUUACAUGGUGAUCCACCACGAAGCCACGAUCAUAAACCUACUUGAAACGAUCAUGUUUCAUAAGGAUUCAUGUGAGGCAGCUGAUGACUCCGUUCUAGACUUGGUGGAUUACUGCCACCGCAAACUCACCCUGCUGGCCAGCAAGGCGACCAGGGGGGGCGUAACGACUCAUGACGAACACAACCUGACAGGGGAAGCAGUUUCACGUCAUUCUUUUAACCUUUUGAAGGAGUUGCAGACACAGAGUGCUUCACUGGAGUUUGAAAUCUCCCUGAAGGCUGUCUCUGUGCUGCGCUACAUCACGGAUCACACUGAGAGCAUCAGUGUUAUCAAUCGCAUGCUGUGCACCCAUAACAUGCCCUGUGUGCUGGUUCAGCUGAUUGACUGCUGCCCUUGGAGUCGCUGUAGUAAAGGUGAGAUAGAAAAGUACACAAAUGGCAGAUGGCAGAAGAUUCCCGUUGAGGACCGUUUGAAGAUGACAAAACUAGAUGGUCAGGUCUGGAUUUCUCUUUACAAUCUGUUGCUGAAGGAAGAUUGCCAACGGAAAUAUGACUUCAACAACUUCAACAAGAACCAGCUUCUAAAGCUCCGGGGUUUCUUGACAGAAGUGUUGAUUGAUCAGCUGCCGAACCUGGUGGAACUGCAGCGUUACCUGGCUCACCUGGCAGUUACAGACCCCGCCCCUCCAAAAAAAGAGCUUGUUUUGGAACAGAUCCCAGAAAUGUGGAACCACAUUGUGAGGGAGAAUUCUGGGAAGUGGCAGGCAAUAGCGAAGUAUCAAGUCAAAGAGACGUUCAACCCAUCUGAGAGUGACCUGAGGCUGCAGGCACAGAGGUUGGCUCAGACGUACAACUUAGAUGUGAUAGAGAGUUUACUCCCUGAGAAACCAAAGUGUGGAUCCUGUGGGAAAGAGGCUGCAAAGAGAUGCUCUCGCUGUCAGGGAGAAUGGUACUGUCACAGAGAAUGUCAGGUGAAGCACUGGCCUAAACACAAGAAAGCCUGCCAGCUUAUGGCCGAGGCCACAGAGAAGAUCCAGAGGGAGUCGAACAGCUAAAAGAGAGAGACUGUUGAAGCACGUGUUCGGAGUGGUGGCAGAUGGGACGAUACAGAUUUGGAUUUCUAGGGAAUCUUCUUUAUUUUUAAUGCUGGAAAUGUUAAUUCCCCGUUACAGAAUUGUGUUGUUCCUGAGUGUAAUAUUUGUUAUGAUGAUAACUGUUUUAACCAUACUGUUGUCUUUAAUAGAAGAGCUUUAGGGUGUUAGCUUUAUCCAGUUCAUUCUCAUUUGUUUCUCUUAGAUUUAAUACAUUUUGGUAUUUUGACAAAUAAAAAAAUGCUUUCAUAACUCCCUCCGCCUUGACAAAUAAAAAAAUGCU